UGACUCUCCUUAGCUUCCAUCUUACACCUUAUAAGAGCAAACGACCAAAGCAAUUCUAACAAGCUGACAAAAUAAAAGAGCUUUCCAAAAUUUCCAAUUCCAAAAUCUUUCCAAUGGCCAUGGAUGAUCAUUCAAGAGUCCAAAGCCCAUUUGGUAUUAUUCGAGAAACUCAUGAAGUGACUGUGGUCAUGGUUCCCCUUCCAGCACAGGGCCAUCUCAACCAGCUCCUCCAUCUCUCCCGCCUCAUCUCCUCCUAUGAUAUACCUGUUCACUAUGUUGGCACGGCCUCUCACAACCGCCAGGCAAAGGUUCGCGUCCACGGUUGGGAUCCUCUUGCCAUUUCCAACAUCCAUUUCCACGAAUUUUCCAUCCCUUCUUAUGAAACUCCUCCUCCGGAUCCAAACGCCCCAACAAAAUAUCCCAUACAACUCAUCCCAGCGUUCAAUGCAUCGAUCAAACUCCGUGAGCCAGUUUACGCACUUCUGCAACAACUUUCUGGAACAACAAGAAGAUUGGUAGUUAUUUAUGACUUUCUGAUGCCAUAUGUCAUCCAGGAUGUGCGUUUAAUCCCGAACGCAGAGUCCUACUGCUUUCCAACCUCCUCAGCCUUCGCUAUAUACUCGUUUGUUUGGGAACAAGAAGGGAAACCUGAACUAUCCCAGCCCGAACUACUCGAACCACUCGAAGAUCUUCCAACAUGGGAAAGUUGCUUCCCCCAAGAGCUGACUGACUUCGUAAAAUUUCAAAAUGAUUUUAAGCCAAUUAGCUCUGGCUACCUGUUCAACAGCUGUAGAGCUAUAGAGGGUCCAUACCUUGACCUCCAUGUUAAAUCCAAAAUAACCGAUUCAGACAAGCAAUGGGCUAUUGGACCCUUCAAUCCAGUUGAGAUGAAUGGGCAGAAAAACUCGGAAAAGAGACACUAUUGCCUGGAUUGGCUGGACAAACAAGAGCCAGAUUCGGUCAUUUUCAUUUCUUUUGGUUCAACAACUUCGGUGUCUGAUGAAGAAGCCAAGGAGAUUGCAACUGGAUUAGAUAAAAGUGGGCAAAAUUUCAUAUGGGUACUGAGGGAUGCAGAUAAAGGAGACGUCUUCCAGGGAGAAGAUAGGAGAGCUCAGCUGCCAGAAGGAUUUGAAGAGAGAAUUGAAGGAAGGGGAAUUGUUGUGAGCGAUUGGGCGCCCCAACUGGAGAUUCUUGGACAUUCAUCAACAGGUGGAUUCAUGAGUCAUUGCGGAUGGAACUCGUGCAUAGAAAGCAUUAGCAUGGGAGUACCCGUGGCAGCAUGGCCUAUGCAUUCUGACCAGCCCACAAACGCGAUACUACUGGAAAAGGUGCUCAAGAUUGGUCUAAUAAUAAGGGAUUGGUCGAAGCAGAAUGAACUUGUGACAUCCAUAACUGUUGAAAAUGCUGUAAGAAGAUUGAUGGAUUCAGCUGAAGGAGAAGAGAUGAGGCAAAGAGCCAGAGAAUUGAGCAAAGCUGUCAAGGGUUCUGUUAUGGAAGGUGGUGUUAGUCGCUUGGAGAUGGAUUCUUUCAUUUCUCACAUUCGUAGGUAGACUUUCAGCUCAUCCAAAUCCUUAUGCUCUUUAAUCUGCAGGAAUUCUGAGUAAUAAAAUUGUAACUUAUUAAGUUCAAUCAAUUGCAAUGAGAUUUUCAUUAUACUGCUGCUGAUCAGCUU